AUGGACAAUGAGAUUAUUGAAUACUGCAUGAAAGUACAUGUUUUCGGAAAUAGUCCCUCAUCCGCUGUUGCAACAUACGGUUUACAAAGGACUGCCAUUGAUGGAGUAAAGGUUUAUGGCACGGAUGCUCGACACUUCAUUGAGAGAGACUUUUAUGUUGACGAUGGACUUAAGUCUUUACCUACAGACGAAGAAGCCAUAGACCUGCUCCAAAAGACACAAGGUUCUGAAUUCCUGCUGGAUCACACAGAAGAGACCACGGCUGACGUCUUCGGUCUUCUAGAACCUGACAAGGAUCCAGAGAACCCAACUAUCCUUACCCCUGCUACCCUGCUUACCCAGAAGCUUGGGACCAGCAAGCCGAAAGAAUCGAUUGACCUAUGGGACUUGUUGUUAAGAGCGUUCCUAGUGAUGAUGAAAUCAUGUGAAAUGAGUUUCAAUUGCACAAUUGUAACAACAGAAUUUAUUCUUUUGGGAUUUUCUGGAACAACUCAACAUCAAAUCUCGCUCUUUACGAUCUUUUUAUGUACAUAUAUUAUCACACUUUCUGGGAACCUAUCAAUAAUCAUUACAUAUAAGCUUAGUACAAGCCUCCAUACUCCAAUGUAUUUUUUUCUUGCUAAUUUUUCUCUCUUGGAAAUUCUGUAUGUUUCAUGCACUGUCCCUAAGAUGUUGUCUGGUUUACUGUCAGACUGUAGUAAAGUCAUCUCAUUCUCUGGAUGUGCUAUACAAAUGUAUUGUUUCUUGCUGUUUGGUGGAACAGAGUGCUAUAUGCUGGCAGCCAUGGCUUAUGACCGGUAUAACGCCAUAUGUCACCCUCUGUUGUAUACUCUGAUUAUGAGAGAAAUAGUCUGUAUCCGACAUAUAGUUGGCUCAUAUGUCAUCAGUGCAGUUAAUUCUCUAAUACACACAGUGUUCACAUUUUCAUUGCCGUUCUGUGGAUCCAAAGAGAUAGACCAUUUCUUUUGUGAUGUUCCACCGGUGCUAGAACUCUCAUGCCAGGACAUUUGGGUCAAUGAACUUGUGAUAUUCAUGGUUGGCGGCUCUGUUGUAAUUGGUUCAUUCAUAAUAACAAUGAUUUCCUAUAUAGAAAUAAUUUCAAAAAUUUUAAAACUCCGUUCUGCCUCUGGCAAAAAGAAGUCUUUUGCAACUUGUUCUUCUCACUUAAUAGUUGUCACAUUAUUUUAUGGUUCAACAAUUUUUAUGUAUUUUAGACCAAGAUCAAGCUAUAGAAUUGGCCAAAACAGUCUAGUUUCUUUAAUGUACACGGUUAUUGCUCCACUCUUAAACCCUUUCAUAUACAGUCUAAGAAACAAAGAAGUCAAAUCAAGUAUAAAAAAUGUAUUUUUAAAGCAAAUGAAAUUCUGA